AUGAAGUUAUUAUCUCAAGGACAAUUAAGGCUUUGUGUUUUUCAAUCAAUACAUCUGACAUCAUGGCUAUUAAUAUUUUUUAUUCUGAAGUCUAUCUCUUCUCUAAAACCUGCUCAACUUCCAUUUUAUCAAAGGAAACCUUUUAUAGCUGCUUGGAAUGCUCCUACAGAUCAGUGUUUGUUAAAAUAUAAUGUAAGGUUAAAUUUGAAAAUGUUUCAAGUCACUGGAAGCCCACUAGCCAAAGCCAGGGGGCAAAAUGUCACUAUAUUUUAUUUCAACAGAUUGGGAUACUAUCCAUGGUAUACAUCACAAGGGAUCCCUGUUAAUGGGGGUCUCCCACAGAACAUAAGUUUGCAGCUACAUCUGGAAAAAGCUGACCAAGAUAUCAAUUAUUAUAUCCCUGCUGAAGAUUUCAGCGGACUUGCUGUUAUAGACUGGGAAUACUGGCGACCACAGUGGGCACGGAACUGGAACAUGAAAGAUAUCUACAGACAAAAGUCAAGAAAGCUUAUUUCUGAUUUGCAGGAGAAUGUAUCAGCUGCUGAUAUUGAAUAUUUAGCCAAAGCAGCCUUCGAAGAAAGUGCAAAAGCUUUCAUGAAGGAAACCAUCAAAUUGGGAACUAAAAGUCGACCUAAGGGCCUUUGGGGUUAUUAUUUAUAUCCUGACUGCCACAAUUAUAAUGUGUAUGUCCCAAACUAUACUGGGUCAUGCCCAGAAGAAGAAGUGUUGAGGAACAAUGAGCUCUCUUGGCUCUGGAACAUCAGUGGUGCUUUAUAUCCUUCGAUCGGUAUCAGAAAAUCCCUUGGAGACAGUGAAAACAUUUUGCGCUUCUCACAAUUUCGGGUGCAAGAAUCCAUGAGGAUCUCCACAAUGACAUCCCAUGAUUACACUCUGCCUGUGUUUGUCUACACCAGGCUGGGGUACAGAGAUGAACCUUUAUGUUUUCUUUCUAAGAAAGAUUUAAUCAGUACCAUAGGAGAAAGUGCUGCCUUGGGAGCUGCAGGAAUCGUUGUUUGGGGAGACAUGAAUUUAACUUCAUCUGAGGGCAACUGUACGAAGGUGAAGCAGUUUGUCAGUUCUGAUUUAGGGACCUACAUAGUCAACGUGACCAGAGCCGCGGAGGUGUGCAGUCUUCACCUCUGUAGCAAUAACGGGAGGUGCCUAAGGAAGAUGUGGAGAGCUCCAGAUUACCUCCACUUGAACCCUGCAAGUUACCACAUAGAGGUCUCUGAGGACGGGGAAUUUAUUGUGAAAGGAGAAGCAUCUGAUACAGACCUCGCAGUGAUGGCAGAAAAAUUUUCCUGUCAUUGUUAUCAGGGAUACAAAGGGGCUGAUUGCAGAGAAAUGAGGACAGCUGAUGGCUGCUCUAGGGUUUCUCCUUUUUCUGGCUCACUAACAAAACUGUAUCUGCUGGUUAUAGUAGGUUAUUGGAGCAUUCAGUUGUGAGAUAAUUGAGUUUGAAAGGAACUGUGUGGCCUCUGGAGUAAUAA